UUUCGUUGUUCGGAGCUUUAUUUCGUACGCUACUCUCGCCAAGACGACAACAAGCCUAGAGCGAGCCAGCGAGCAGCGCGCACCUCCGCCAAACAACACAGACGCUCCGUCCGCUCUUCCUCUCUCGUUUCAUUCGUUGGCUCUCGCGUGGAACAAACGAGAGCGGAGCCAUGCAGACUUGGCGAACGAUACUGUUGCUGGGCAUCGCUACCCUGCAGGGCACUGCGCUGGGGCAGAAGCAGCAGCAGGAGGACCCGUGCCAGACGAAGGCCCGCGUGGUCGGCGACCUGGAGUACUGCGACCGCUACUGGGAGUGCGUGAACGGCAGGGCCGAGCUGUUCGACUGCCCGAACGGGCUGGUGUUCGCCGGCAAGCACCGCGGCGUGACCGAGGGCUGCGACUACCCGUGGCGCGCCAAUUACUGCGACGGCAAGCGCCAGGCGAACCCGCCGAUCGGCGCCGAGCACUGCGACUGGCUCUACGGCAUCUUCGGACACGAGACCAGCUGCACCAGGUACUGGACGUGCUGGAACGGCACGGCCACCGAGCAGCUCUGCAUCGGCGGACUGCUCUACAACGAGCGCUCGCGAUCCUGCGACUGGCCGGAGAACGUGGAGGGCUGCCAGAAGCACCCGCUGUGCAACGACGACGCCAACGGCAACGUGCCGCUCGGCAAGUCGUGCAACCGCUACUGGCAGUGCCAGGGCGGCUACCCGCGGCUGCAGCGCUGCCCGGCGAUGCUGGUGUUCGACCGGCGCUCGCUGCGCUGCGUGGUGCCGCCGACCGAGGACUGCGACGUGCCGACGACGCCGGCGAACCUCGAGGGCGACCUGCCCGACAACAACCAGCAGGACCCGGAGGAGGAGAACCUGCCACCCGGCGUCGCGCCGUUGCCGCACGGAGCCAUUCCGAUCUCGUUAAGGGCUCAGCAGCAGCAGCAGCAGCAGCAGCAGCAGCAGCAUCAUCAGCAGCAGCGCAACAGGAACUGAGUCCAACGCGCGAGCCCGUAGAUUGUAGGCUGAAGGAGGAUUUUCUUUUCCGAUCAGGGUUGCACUGCCAUUGGUUCGAUCGGUUCGACCAGCGGUUCCAAUGUGGAAAUUACAGUGUUGGAUGUACUACUGUCGUUCUUUCAUUUGGACUCGUCGAUCGAUCGACGAUCGCAUUGUAAGCUUCUUCCGACGAGAGAUCCCGUCAGAGACGUGCAGUUUUAACUUUUAAACGAUUAUGAUGACCUUAUCCAGUAGUUCGGAUGUAACUUUAAGGACGCGACUGGACGCACGCACGCUCAUUAUCAACUAUUCGCUGAUCUUUGCAUAGCAGUUUUAUUAUUUACCCUUCCUCUCAUAUAACACUCUAGAGAUACACGAGGCUAAUGUAAGAUUCGAGUUCCUCCUAUACACUUUUCUUUUGUCUCUUCGUCCGACGCAACGCGUCCGAAA